AUGAAGGUCUCAACGACAACCAUCGCCCUGGCUGCUGCCCUUGGCGUCGCCGCCCACCCCAGUGGUUUUGCCCACAGAAACAUCCAUCGUCACAUUGAGAAGCGUCUGGAUUUCGUCAUGAACACCAAGCCCGAAGCGCCAGUCGACAUCAAGGCCGCUGCCGUCCCAUCCCCGACCACUGCCGCUCCUCCCCCUCCUGCCACCACCAAGGCCACCCCGCCUACCACCAAGGGGUCUGGAUCUGGUGGCAAGAAGCAGUUCUGCGACGGUGUCUCGAAGCGUGCUACUGCUGCAGAUAUUGCUUUCAAGGGCAAUGUCGGCGCUCCUGGAAAAUAUGGCUGCAACCUGAUGAUGGUCGACAAUGCCGCUGACUACGACUACACCGCCACAUUCGAGAACAACUCUGGUGUGGAUCAGAAGUGCGUCGCGUGGCUCAAGAUUGGCCCCAACGAUGGCAUCAACGGGUUCUUCAGUGGCAACGAAGCUCUGCAGUUUGAUCUCCCUGCAGGCGGCAAGAAGGUUAUGGCUGCUGAGGCCAACUCACAGGGUGGUGCCACCUGCGGUGCCGGGAAGGUUCCUACCAGCAACAUCGGCCUCUUUACCGGUACUUGGCUCGAAUUCGACUUUGCCAACAAGGACAACAAGGGUUACUCUGGCGCCGAUGCCUCUUGCCUCACUGCUGCAGACACCAAUAACCCCAUCCCUGCUCUCAAGGUUUGUGGUGGACCUGACAACGUGUGCUCUACUAUCUUCGCUGGUGGAGAAGGUAAAAACGCCUACACGAAAGGUACAAACGCUUUGGACGGAAUCGGCCUGAACCUCAACCCCGGGCCAGUUGCUCUCAAGGUCACUGUUGGUUAA